AUGAAGUCUAGUCUUGUUGCCGUUGCUCUCGCCCUCUUGCCUGGCACCGCCGUGGCAGGUCCCGCCGCCGUGCGCCAGAUACUAGCCAUGGACAAUGAGAAGGAAGCCCCUGGCCUCGCCAAACAGCAGACGGACGAGAUUGACGAUUUCGUGACUAGCCUGCGCAAGCGAAGUCCGCAGGCUCUGGAUUCUGAUGGCGACGGCAUCGACGAUGUCUCUGAGGAACCCGACGCGACGGAAACCCCAACUGAUGCCCAAACGGGAGAUUCCGAUCCUGGGAACCCGGGCAACGAUGGCGAGUCCGUUGAAAAUGGCGGUGUGGAUCCAGAUCAAGCUCCGGUUGACGAUUGCCCUAUUACUUCAUCUAUUCCAUCUGAGACUGACAAUAGCGCUGUGACUGCUCCAGCAGCGGGAGCCGGUGACGGUACCGGCAACGCACCAGCUGGAGCCACGUCGCCGACGACAACAACAACAGUAACGGUAACGGCAAUCCCAACGGCAGCCUCUGCUCCUGGUCGUGGCUUCCUGGGAGGUGGUUUCCCAGGAGGGGGUAUCCUGGGCGGCAGCAUUAUUCCCGGAAUUUUGUAA